AUGAACUGCACUUUUAAUGCCACCUUAACUCCCCAGCUGGGUCUUGGAUUGAGCCCAGGGACAGGAGCUGACGAGUCCCAAGGGAGUGGUACUGGUGCUGGAGGUAGUGGUGGCUUGUGGGUGACAUUCCUGCUUGGUACUACACUGAUUAUCAUGUGUGUCGUGGGCAUGUCCGGCAACACAUACACACUUAUUGUUACACGCUCAGCUGCUUUGCGACGCACAGGUUCUAUGUACGUUUACAUCAUUAAUUUAGCUCUGGCUGACCUGCUGUACCUCUGCACCAUCCCUUUUGUAGUCUGCACCUACUUUGCCCACGACUGGCUGUUUGGUGAGGCCGGAUGUCGCAUCCUGCUGAGUCUCGACCUCCUCACCAUGCAUGCCAGUGUCUUCAUUUUGGGUGUUAUGAGCUUGGAACGGUAUCGUGCUGUGGCUAAACCCUUCAGUGCACACAAGACCUCGUCCCGCAACCGACGGCUAGUGUCAGGAAUUAUUUGGGGGUUAUCUUUUCUGCUAACGCUUCCCAUGAUGGUGAUGAUCCGACUCAGGGAGGGCAAACCCACUGUGGCUGGUUCAGUCAAGAGAAUCUGCUAUCCAACCUGGACCCCUGAGGCCUUCAAGGCUUAUAUCAUUGCCCUGUUUUUCACCAGUGUUUUAGUCCCUGGAUUGGUAAUUGUUGGACUGUAUGCAGGGCUAGCUAGGCGCUACUGGGUAGCGCAGGCUAACUUAGGGGGUAGCAGCCACUCUGCCAGAAGGACACGACUCAAACAAAAAGUCGUAUCAAUGAUCUUUAGCAUUGUGAUAGACAUCUAG